ACGGCAGCCAAUCAGAGCGCUGCGAUAGCAGACACACACUCUGGAGCGAUCGGAAAACAGCAGCUGCUUAGCCGAGCUGCCGCACCGCGAUAUGGCAUCACACAUGUUUUAAACCCCGCCGCUCGACCCUUUAUUUUUCUCCUCAUUUUCCACGUUCCACUCAACAAAAAGAGCAGAACUGCAGCAGCGCGAAUUGAAGUCAACAUCAGUGAGCACAGAUCCAGCAAUGACCUUGCUUGAAGCGGGCACGUCCCUUAUUGGGAAUGCUGUGGAGGGAGUUGGCAAUAAUCUAACUUCUAUGGUCCUUUUGACUAGUGCUUUCAUCUUGAGUGUCAGCUACCUGUCUAAGAUUGCAUUCAAACAUUUCCAUCUGCACGACAAAGAUGUGAAAUAUCCUCCCUACAUUCCAUCAAGUAUCCCUUUUCUUGGCCAUGCUAUAGCAUUUGGGAGGAGUCCAAUUGAAUUUCUUGAGAAGGCAUAUGAAAAGUACGGUCCUGUCGUUAGCUUCACUAUGGUGGGCAAGACAUUUACAUAUCUAAUCGGAAGUGAGGCUGCCACCUUGCUGUUCAAUAGCAAAAAUGAGGACCUCAAUGCAGAAGAUGUGUACUCCAAACUUACAACACCAGUGUUUGGAAAAGGAGUUGCUUAUGAUGUCCCCAACCAUAUCUUUUUGGAGCAAAAGAAGAUGCUGAAGACAGGCUUGAAUGUCGCACAGUUUAAACAACAUGUAGAAAUGAUUGAAGAUGAAACCAAAAAGUAUUUUGAACGAUGGGGAGACAGUGGAGAAAGAAACCUAUUUGAAGCUCUGUCUGAACUGAUCAUCCUAACAGCUAGCAGAUGUUUGCAUGGGAAGGAAAUACGAAGCCUUUUGAACGAGAAGGUCGCUCAGUUGUAUGCUGAUCUGGAUGGAGGCUUCACUCAUGCAGCUUGGCUUUUGCCAGGAUGGCUCCCAUUGCCAAGCUUCAGGCGGAGGGACCGAGCUCAUAAAGAGAUCAAAAAUAUCUUUUACAAAGUCAUUCAGAAGCGGAGAGCGUCAGGGGAGAGAGAGGAUGACAUGCUUCAGACUCUGCUGGAUGCUACAUACAAGGAUGGCUGUCCACUAUCUGAUAAUGAAAUCGCUGGCAUGUUAAUUGGGCUGCUUCUUGCUGGACAGCACACUUCGUCCACUACCAGCUCUUGGAUGGGUUUUUUUUUAGCCAGAGACAAAUCCCUCCAGGAUCGAUGCUUUGCUGAGCAGAAAGCUGUGUGUGGUGAGGACCUGCCACCAGUCAAAUAUGAACAGAUUAAAGAUCUCAACUUGCUUGACCGCUGUCUUAAAGAAACAUUAAGGCUCCGACCACCUAUCAUGACAAUGAUGAGGAUGGCAAAGACACCUCAGGUAGUUGAAGGCUUCACAAUUCCUCCUGGUCAUCAGGUAUGUGUAUCUCCAACUGUCAACCAUCGGCUGCAGGAUACCUGGAUUCACAGAUUAGACUUCAACCCUGAUCGCUACCUUAAUGAAAACAACGGUACCGGGGAGAAGUUUGCAUAUGUACCCUUUGGCGCUGGUCGUCAUCGCUGCAUUGGUGAGAACUUUGCCUACAUACAGAUCAAGACCAUUUGGUCGACGCUGCUCCGUCUGUACGAGUUUGAACUGCUCGAUGGCUACUUUCCAACAGUAAACUACACCACCAUGAUUCACACGCCCCACAAUCCCAUCAUCAGGUACAAGCGCCGAGUGCACUUAAGUCUUCGCCCAUGAAGGACUUGAUGUUUCUGUGGAAAAGUUUCUCGUUACUUGAAAGUCUCUUUUUGUAUGACAUUUAAUUUUUUUGUUGAUAAUGGAUUAUACAGUAGUUUCAGAAGACACAUGGAAAGAAUCUUUAAUUGUAAAUGUAAAUAUGAUGCAAACAACUCCCCACCCAAUAAAAUGCAAGAAAUUAAAAACAGUAAAAAAUCUUUCUAAACUUUAUUCUAUGAGUAAAAAAUAUAAAAAGCUGCAUUUUGUUUGAAUUACAUUAGAGCUUUUUAGAAAAGGUUUUUGAAACUAGGAUCGGACUCUGAUAUCUCUCGGUCACAGGUUUAGGGAUUUUGUCAGAAAUGUUUGUGUAAUCCCUCACACGGCCUUGGACCUCAAAUCACUCUUAACACUGACAGCAAUAGGUGGAGCAACACGCCAUGGGAUAAAAACGAGCCAUGACUAAUACACCACACCACACCGCUGGCACAAACACUUGCUUUACUCAAUUCGCCUUCCAUAACUCAGUGGGAAAGCCAUCUUUUAUUAUCCCAAAGUGAAUAAAACCCAUUCUGUACGUGAGGAUUUGCCCAAAACUGACUGCUGUAACUCUAAAGAAGCCCACCGGGCCUGCGCCAGGGCUUUUCAUUUGAUUUGCUCUUCUGUUCUGAUGACGCUCUUAUCAGACGGCUCUCAGCUGUUAAAUUUCAUUGAUUGUCUUUGCAAAAAAAAAAA